AUGAAGAUUUUGGCUUUAGUUUUCUUCUUUUGUAUUUCCGCUGCUCUCGAAAUUACUCAAGACACUGUGGUGGACGAGCCAGGUGCCUUACUGUUUGAAAGCGUCCAUGUUUCGUCUGCGGCUUUUUAUUCUAUCUUUUUCCCUUUAGUGACUACCGUCUCUGGUGAUAUUCAAAUAGGUAGAGAUUCGGGUUGGUACAUUAUCGCAGUUUACAAUUCUGACCUCGAAUACCCGGAAAUUUUGACUUAUGAAGGCUUCUCAUUUUCCUCAACAUCAGGAAGUAUCCUCAAUGACGGAGAUCUCGUUUUUAACGCAACUCAAGCUAAUUUCUACACCACCAUCACAAUGGAAUCUACUACCUUCAUUAACAAUGGUAACAUGUGGCUUGGGACUGGUCUGUUUUCGGAAGAUACUGCUAUUUCUAUCAUUUCAGAAGGUGAAUGGCUAAAUGAAGGAAAACUCUUCCUCAGACUGGGCAAUGGUAAUCCCUUUGGUAAUUACAAUUUGGAACUUUCAAGUUCUUCUGGAAUUUUGACCAACGAAGGUACCAUUUGCAUGUUCCGCCUUUUCUGGGACCAGACAGCCAACCUUGAGGGUUCAGGUUGUAUCAAUGUGGAAUACUUGUCAAAAUUGAGUAUCAACUUGAACUCUUAUACUUUUGAUGAAGAUCAAUCCAUUUAUCUUUCAGGUUACAGGUCCUCCAAUUUAAUGUUUGACGGAAUCACUGACUCUCUGACUGGAACUAGAACGUUUACAGUGUAUGGGUUCGCCUUUAGCAACAAAAUCUCUUUCGGAUCACUCUUUUCUGGAUACUUUUACUCUAGUACUACUGGAAUUUUGCGAGUUUACUUUAACCAGGGAAGUUUGUUAUUCGAUCUUGACGUCGGACCAAACCUCGAUCUGAUAUCUAUUAGAACAAAUGGGGAAGAUGGCACUGGUACAGAAAUUUGGUAUCCAUCAGACAACCCAAGAAGAGCUCCAUACCUUUGUGAAUGUGAAGAUUUUCCUGUUGCCCCACUGGUAGUAAGGACUAGCACUCAGUCAAGUUCAAGCGAAGAAACAUCCUCGACAGUUGAAAGUGCUGAUGUAAGCACCUCAAGUGAAGAAUCAUCAUCGACUUCAACGAGCUCUAAUAAUGUUGAGAGUUCCUCUAGUGAAGAUUCAUCUUCCACCUCAGGAGACUUCAGCACAUCUGCUAGUUCUUGGAAUGAAGAAAGCUCCACCACCGAAGCAAGUUCAUCGUCGACUGCGGAAACCUUUAGAGCUGAUGCAAGUACUUCAUCUUUUACACUCGAAGGUUCUAGCACUGAUGCUAGCUCACCGAACGAAGCAAGCUCUAGCAAUGAAGCAAGUUCUUCAGGCAAAGAAGCGAAUUCAUCUUCAGAUGAUUUCACUGCUAAUAUUGCCUCUUCGAGUACACAGAGCUCUUCUUUUCAGAUAUCUGAAACCACGUCAUUUAACUCUCCACCAUUUCAAAACUCAACCUCAAACACCAUCACUCUGUCAAGCUUGACUUCUUCGACUUUGCCAAGUACUUCCGAAGAAGUGAGAUCGCUGAAAGUUAGUGAGGUGAUUACCUCCACUAGGUCAGACUUCUCAAACGAAAGCUCAGAGACAGAAGGAGCGUUGACGUCAUCUCUUGGAAAUAUUGUUUGCAGGCGAGAUGACGUUAAUUGUGUCCAUAUAGAUUCUUCAAAGGAAGCCAUUACUUCAACCGUUGACUCUGAGUCAUUACUGACCAGCCCUUUCAAUUCCAUCGUUGAAGACACUUCGAUUGUGACGACUAAAACAAAAAGUUCAUUGGAGGCAACUAUUACUGUCGAGGAAACGACAUACAUAACAACAUGUGUUAAGACUCGUGAGGAUGGCUCGGUCUCUACUGACAUCCUUUACGUGAUAGUCACAAGUGAUGAACAUGGAAGCUUGUGCACCACAUCUUUGGCACUUGACUAUCCUAGGACGUAUACCACUCGCACCGUCGAUUUUAUCAAUGGAGUCAGAACAACGAUCUGUGCUGAAGUUGCUAUCUCAACCGGCAAAGAAGGAGGAUUUUUCACUUCCAUGCUGUUUUCCGAUAAAGGACUGACAUACACGUACACUUCAAUGGAUGAAAAUGAGAAAGGUCAGACUAUUACUGUUGUUGCAAAGCCUACUGCUGACCUCAAAGGAAAUAUUAUUUUGACCACAGUGAAUGCAAAGACGAUGACUACAUCAAUAAGUGGAUCCAAUGCUUCGUCUGGUUUUCUAACACAGACUAGGUCUACUGCAAAUGCUCAAGCAUCAGAUAAUCAGACUCUCGAACAUCAAAGCACACAUCAAAGUGCUAAUCUAUCGAACUAUACUACAGUGUUCGAAGGAAUUUCCUCGACUAAAACCUUCAAUUUUGGUGUUUUCAUUGCACUUAUUGCAUUCUCGUUUGUUUGA